AUGUCCCGGGCUCGUGUUGUAUUCGACAACAUGCCUGCGCAAGCGCUGUCGGACGUGGCCGAGGAUGAAGGCAGCAAUGGCGGUGACUACUUCGCGACCGACGAAAACGACAACGAAGGUGACGGCGGGUUUGACGAUGGAGAGACACUUUCACCCUUCUCAUACUCACGGCGAAGAGCUUCGAUGCAAAUCCGCAUUCCUCCAAGCCACGCCAAAGCAGACAUGGCUUUCGCUGCUCUGCAAUACCUUCCCAUGCCCGUGAUGGUGCUCUCCUCCAUGAAGACGGUCGUUCUGGCCAACGAAGCCAUGGGCCGACUCUUGGGAAUCGACUACGAUGCUGAAAUGGCCCAGAACCCAGACAACAACGCAUUGGACACCGUGCUUAGCCACGAAUCGAGGAGUCCGACUGACCUUCUCUACGGACAAAGUCUUGCUCGGCUGGGUCUGGACUUGCUCCAGGGUGGAAGUGCGGUCAUGGUAUCGUGGGAAAGCUUCCUUGACUCGCUCAUUACCGACGCGGCCCAAACGCAGAAGAAGUCUGCGCAGGCUGGCACACAGUACGCGGACCGCAAUGAAGAGGAGGACAUGACACCCACGGGCAGUGUCCACCGCCGGUCAACUUCAUCCAUGGAGUCGGAAGCGAGUGUAGACGGAUCGCGGACCAUGGUCCAUGAUGCAGUCAUGGAUGUGGUGUUUAGUACUAACAGAGACCCUCGAACCGGCCUGCCCAUAAUGUCGCGAUCGAGCAAACUUGAUCAUAUCCAGUCUCAGAUGAUAUGCUCAGUUUGGAGCACCGGGCCUGGCGAAGACGAGCAGUUCUUCACGCUCACUUUCACAGCCGCAACUUCCGACGGAUCUUCGACCUCGUCGUCUUCAGCAUCUACCAAAGCCACCAGCAGGACAGUAUCUCGCUCUGCGACCGCAUACUCAAACAACAGUGCACGUAGUGGCGGCCAAAGCUCGACAAGCUCGGCAUCUAGUUCGCGUUCAGAUCUUCGAAGAUCCAAUGCGCAAAGUCCGCCAGCGACAGUGACAUUCCACAGCCCUUCAACCCAGCAGAUGACGCCGUUCCCUCCCCGGGGCCCUCCUGGGAAAUCCUCAGCAGAGGCGCCAUCUAUGUUUACCAAAACCAACAAACUCAAGGAAGCGUUGCUGAWCAGCAUGAGUAUCCCCGCGUACGCCAUGUGGAAGGAUGAGAGCUUUGGCCUACCAAACAAGGCUGCCGUGAGACUCAUCUAUCCUUGGCUUCAAGAAGGCAACUUCGAAACAGAUGAGCAGGCCCGUGACUUCCUGUCAAGAUACAUCCUGUACCGUGGCGAUUUCUCCUCAGAAAUCCCGUUCGAGGAGUAUCCUAUCUUGAAGCUUAUGAGAGACCGGGAGCGCUUUGAAGGCUAUCGUGUUGGCAUGUACAGUGUCAAAGACGGAAACCAAGUCCUGUUCGACGUGACUGGAGAGCCGCUAUUGGGUGACAAGGGCGAAUUUAUCGGAGGAAUCGUGCUCUUCCAUGACGUGACACAAUACGCGACGACGAUCAAUAGAUACAAGACACUCUCCGAACGACAGUUUGAGAAUAUCUGCAACAUCAUUCCACAGCUCAUCUGGCGCACCGACCCUGAAGGACGGCACGAUUAUUACAACGAUCGAUGGUAUAGCUAUACCGGCUUGUCAGUGGAGGAGAGUCAUGGAGAGGGCUGGUUGAAUGCCUUUGAUCCCGACGACUUGGCAAUAGCGGAGCCAAAGUGGCGGCAUAGCCUGGCUACGGGCGAUGAAUAUCUCACCGAGUACCGAUGCAAAUCUGCCAAUGGAGAUUGGCGCUGGAUGCUGGGAAGAGCCACGCCCAUGAAAGAUGAGAACGGCAAGAUCUUGAAGUGGUUCGGAACCUGCACGGACAUACACGAAUUGGUUCUUGCUCGUGAAGAGGCAAAGCAAACCCGUGCCCAGCUGGGCCGAGUCAUCGAACAUGGCCAAGUGACGCUCUGGGCUAUAGACCGCGACUACAAGGUUGUGCUCUCAGAAGGUCGGUCAAUGUCAAACGAUCGAGCAGAAGAUGAGUCUCGGAAUCUCGUGGGCUGCGACAUGUGGAAAAACUUCGAGCUUCAAGGUCGCUCUCAAGAAAGAAGAGCGUUCGAGCAGCCAAUACGCGACGUGCUUACUGGCCGCAAACCGGACGAGACCAUCGAGACGCAAGUUGCUACGAACAAGCGAUGGUAUCGAACUCGGCUAUACCCACUGCUGCGUGAGGAGCGAUUUGGCGGGAUUGAAGGCAAUGGGGGUGUCUCAAUUGAGGGAGUCGUUGGUGUGAGCAUGGACAUCACCGAGAUCCGCAAGGCUGCCGAGGAGGUGGCCAUACGCGAUAGAGAGAAUGCGCACCUGUUGGCGCAAAGUGUGGCCGCCAAGGAGGCAAGCAAGAUGAAGUCACAAUUCCUGGCCAACAUGUCGCACGAGAUCCGAACACCCAUCGCGGGUGUGAUUGGAAUGAGCGAGCUACUCCUGGACGACUCCUCUCAACUUACGAAGGAUCAGCGAGAAUGCGCGGAGAACAUACAGAGGAGCGCUAACGGCCUGCUUACCGUGAUCAACGACAUUCUCGAUUUCUCAAAGGUUGAAAGCGGUCGCUUGGACAUUGAGGAGGUCCAGUUCGACUUGAGUGUUGUAAUACGGGACGUCAACAAGAUGUUGAGCUUUGCGGCAGAGCGUAAAGGACUGAAGUACAUCGAUGACAUUCAGCAGCUAAAGUCCUGGAAGGUGAUGGGCGAUCCAGGCAGACUCCGUCAAGUCAUCACAAAUCUUCUCACAAACAGCAUCAAGUUCACCUCGGAAGGCAGUGUCACAAUGCGAGUAAAGACGCUUCGGGAAUCUGACGACAUGGUACAGGUGCUGUUCGAGGUCGAGGACACAGGAAUCGGCAUCGAGGAGGAAGUUCGAAGUAGGCUCUUCAAGCCAUUCUCGCAAGCCGACAGCUCCACUGCCCGUCGUUUUGGAGGCACCGGCUUGGGCCUAACCAUCAGCAAAAACCUCGUUGAGUUGAUGCGGGGUGGAAUAUCGCUGGAAUCUCGUCUCGGAAUAGGCACCAAGGCCGCCUUCUGGAUCCCAUUCAACAAGGCAGCAUACCCAAGCUCGAACUCGCCGUUAGUCAAUUUAGGAAUGAUUCCAGACAGGCUACGAUCCGAGCUGUCGCUGUCCAGACAUGGUUCUGACUCGAGUCUUCCAAUGGCUCCGGCCACCCCGAAAGCCACUUCUCAUCAGCGCAGCGGAUCUGGCAUUCCUGGAUAUGCCCCGUGGCCCGACACCCAAUCGACUGAGCAAGUACUCAGCGAGGAGGAGAGGAGUGUCACGAACAUUCUUGUCGUAGAAGACAACGCCAUCAACCAGCAGAUAGCACUGAAGACCAUCCAAAAGCUUGGCUUCCCGGUCAAGGCGGUUUGGAAUGGCAAAGAGGCACUGGACUACCUGUCCGCCCCUUCUCCAGAUCAACCGCGGCCCGACAUCAUCCUCAUGGACGUGCAAAUGCCAAUCAUGGAUGGGUACAAGGCAACCUACACGAUCCGGAACAGCCGAGCUUUUGCAAAUGAUGUGGAAGUGCGAGCUACCCCGAUUGUGGCUAUGACUGCGUCGGCCAUCCACGGAGAUCGUGAGAAGUGUCAGACCGCAGGCAUGGAUGACUAUCUUGCCAAGCCGGUGAAGAAGCCUCACCUGGAGAAGAUGCUGGUGAAAUGGGCGAUUGAGGGCAAAAAGAAAAGGGCGGAGCUUAAAUCCAACCCUGCGGCAUUGCAUGUCCGACCAAGCAAUACACGCGCUGCGUCUUCCUUUGCGUCGGAGUCAUCAACUUCUAUGCAGACUGCGCAGGAGCAGAUCUCUGGCCACCUGGAUCGACUGGAGUACGCAAGCCGUGCAGCAAUUGAGCAUUCGACCGAGAGCGAAGGGGAUCGCUCUCUGCGACAGCUACAUGCAGAAGAACAAGCGAUCGCCCUUCGUGAUAACGAAUUGAUCGAGGCUGGCGAAGAUCCGCGCAAGAGACUCGGAAAGCUCGAUGACACUCUGGGUGAAGCACAAGCUUCAACGGCGUUGACGACGGAGAACAUGUCAAGGUUCGCGUUGAACAACCGCAUGGAGAGGCUGUCGCGUGCUGAGUCCGGCUUGCUUGACGAUAACGACAGUAGCGCCAUGGCGACAGCAGCGGACACAGAUACGAUCAUGAGGGGAACGGCACCCAGUCCUGGCCCUACUGGACUGAAUGGUAAUCGGCAGAUAUAG